AUGGCGGUGUUCAGGUAUGAGGCUGGGGCUAAGCUGAGGGAUUCAGGUGUGGUGCGGGUGGGAACUGAGGAAGUGCCCAAGGAUAAAAGAAAUGACACCAAAUAUAUAUCAAACGGCAUCAUUUGGGACAACAACUGGUUUCUCUGGAAUAUUCUCAAACUUCCUGUUCAGACGCUGCUUCAAGAUAAUAUAAGCAAGGAAAACUGUGUUUUCAGAAGCUCACUGAUUGGCAUAGUUUGUGGUGGUUUCUACCCCAGUUAUUUGGUGUUUACUAAAAAUGGACAUCUGGCAACCAAGUAUCAUACCGUUCCACUGCCACCAAAAGGAAGGGUUUUACUCCAUUGGAUGAUGCUUUGUCAAACGCAAAUGAAAUUAAUGGCGAUUCCUCUAGUCUUUCAGAUCAUGUUUGGAAUAUUAAAUGGUCUACACCAUUGUGCAGUAUUUGAACGGACACUUGGGAAAACUAUACAUGAAGAGUAACCAAAAAAAUGAAUGGUUGCUAACUUAGCAGAAUGAAGUUUUUAUAAAAAGGACUCAGGCAUUGCUGAAAGAGGUAAAAGUAACUGUGAACAGAUAAUUUGUUUCUGUGCCUUUUGCCUGGUAUA